AGGCAUGCUUUGUUUUUUUCUUUAAACACAAAUGAAAAAAAUGAGUAUUACCCGGGCAAUUUAGCACCCACCAAAACAUCCACUUAAUUGCCUAGGGUUUCCAAUAAUUAUCCGUGCAACAUUCACAGGUAUUCAUCAUUCAGUGUAAGUUUUUGCAGAUUUUGAAAUGGUAAGGACUGUGAAGAAUCACCAUGAAGAGGACGAAGAAGACGAUGAGGAGUUUUCGUCUAGAACUCCCGAUGGCUCUUCUUCUCAAAAGGGGAAAUUGGAAGUGAAGAGCAAUGAUGGGAAGGUAAGUUCUCAUCGUUCCAAGCAUUCUGAGACAGAACAGCGGAGGAGGAUCAAGAUUAAUGAGAGAUUUCAGACUCUAAGAGAUCUCAUACCACAAAAUGAUCAGAAGAGAGACCGGGCUUCAUUUAUGUUAGAGGUUAUACAAUAUAUCAAGUUUUUGCAAGAGAAAUUACAAAUGUAUGAGGGAACCAACCAAGGAUGGAGUGCAGAGCCCUCAAAGUUGCUGCCAUGGGGAAGCACUCCUGGGCCCGUGGAAGGCUCUGUUGAACAUUCCCAAAUAAUCAGAAACGGCUCUACUCAUGAGGAUGAUAUUGUCAAUAACCCAACGUUGCUUCCAACUACACAGAGCUCUGUAGAACCGAACUUGACUGCCGCUGCUUUAUAUAGAGCUACACACAAUUCCCAUAUGUUAGUAGAUGAAGCAAUUGCAUUUAACAUGCCAUUGCAACCUAAAUUAUUUGAAAAUGCAUCUGUUCAACCAUCUCCUGAUGCUGAGCAUUGCCCUUCCCAGCCACAAUCAUUUGGUUGGCCAGGGAAACAAGAUACAAUUGAGUCGGAUGUUCUGAGCUAUGGCAGAAAUGAUCAGGAAGAAGUGAAAUUCAAUGCUGAAGAAAUUGCGAGCUCACAUGCGUAUACUCAAAGGUUGCUUAAUAUCAUAAACCAGACACUAGCAUCGGUGGGAGUGGAUCCGACACUGGCCGAUGUUAGAGUGCAGCUUGAUAUUAGCAAAAAACCAAUCAGUGGAGCCACAGCUACAACAUUAAGCAGUGGAGAGAACUAUGAUCAUGCUCGUAAAAGGCUUAGGACAGAAGGUAGUAUGUGAUUGUCAAUCUAGCAUGGCUCCGCACCUCAUUUUUCUGCAUCUUGUCAUCGUUUCGAUGGGGAUAUACUUGAAGUGGUUGGUCUCAGUGGAUGAGGUGGUUCAUAAAUAGCUAAUGGUUCUCCAGUUAGGUUUCCAUUUAAAUAUGAGAAGCUGCAUUUUCAUUCUUAAGGGUAUUUAAUUUCGAAUUUAGAUCCUAGUUCAGUUUCUUUUCAUGUUGGUAAGUCGACUUUGGAAAUUCUGUCAGUGUGUGUGUUCUUUGGUAAAGUUUUUCAUACUUGGUGGCAGAACUGCCGGAUGUGGUUAUGCCCAUCUAUCAAAUGUCAGCAUGAAGAAUUAUAUGUA